AUAUGUUCCCAGUUAAGUACGAGGCUGGAGAAACAGCAGGCGUCCACAAAAGAGGAACUGGAUAUAGUUAAAGCUAAAGUGAUGGCGUGUGAGCGCUGUAGGGAAAUGUUCAGCAAAGACGGACCCCUGCAGAUCCCGGCGGUGAGUCAGGACAACCGGGACACAGACCUGGAUGAGGAGAAGGACUCGCUGAAGGCCCAGCUCAGAGAGCUAGAACUAGAGCUGGCGCAAACCAAACUCCAGCUGGUGGAGGCCAAGUGCAAGAUCCAGGAGCUGGAGCAUCAGAGGGGUGUUUUGAUGACUGAGGUCCAAGCUGCCAAAAACUCCUGGUUCAGUAAAACACUGGGCUCCCUCAAGAAUUCAGCCAGUAACCAGGCACCCUCCUCACCCAAAGAGGGCCAGUAGGACUCGCCAAGGGCUUAACCAAAGGGUAGAGGAGCGUGACCCUUCCACUUGGCCAAUCGGAGUAGAAAACAAGCUCUAAUGAACACUACUAGCAGCACAACAUGGCAAUGCAGUGUUCCCUCACAUGGACUAAUGGAUGACUUCCACAUACACUUUUAUACACUGUUAUGAUUUCCUUAGCUUGUGAUGCCACCUACUGGACAGUAACAGUACUACAGAGUUCUGUUCAUCCGGUUAUCAACUUCUGCAGAUGGAUUUUUUUGUUAGUAAACAGUCAGUUCUAACAUGCAAGUACAUAAACUAUGACCUUUAGACGCCAAUUCAAAGGGUUUUUUUUCUCAGAGGGAAUACUGCAUUCUGCUAACUAUUAAAAGUCGAAAAAAUCGUUUGUUUUUCUAUAUAGAAAUAAUAAAUGUAACUUUUGUCAUAAGUGUGUAUAACUAAAUGUUGAUUUUUAUUUUAAUCUUGUACAGUUCGGGGGAAAAAAAAGUGUUGCAUUAUUUUUUACGAUCUUUAUAAAUGUCAAAUACCGAAAAGCACAGACAAAUUGACCAUGUAUCACAUGACAUUCCCUCCGUCCUGUAGACUGUUUGAGGAUCUGUUUAGGAGUGAGCUGAUCACGUGAGACUUAUCAGAUGACACACAAUGGCUACACAAUAUUGACCUGCCAAGUCGCACAUAGUGCUUAUUUUAUGUUAUUUAACAGGUAUACAUGAGCCAUUCGGUGACGGAUGCCAUGCAGAAAUCAAGAAUGUGUCAAGAUGUCUCAUUUUUUUAAGGACAUAAGUAAACCAGGUCGCGCAGAUGUAUCGUUUAGGUCAGUGUGACUUCAAAGCCAUAUGAAGUCAGUCUUUGCUUCAUUUCUUCUGCUAUUUGUCA